AUGUCGGUACCUUGGACGGAGCAGCAGCAGCAGUCAUGCCAGUACUUGUCGUGGGUGCACACCUACCUCUUCAUCAACUGCGCGGGCAAUACAAGCACCUCACAGGUGCCGUGUAACGUACAUGGCGACGAAGAGGGUCCGAAUGGCGAGCUGACCAACCGCGGCUCGGCCGUUGCUCGUGACUCUGGUCUCCGGCUCGUCAGAUACCUUGUGCUUCGCACUGCUGCUACCUUGGACGGGCCCAGAGACGCGUUGGCAGCAACGGAACCUUGUAAGCUUCCAUCCUUUGCAGCAUUCUACACCAAGGCGACACCUCGAUCGGCACCGUUCAUCGUUCCUCCACUCCUGUCAGGCGGGUGGCAACCGCUCCUUUCGGUCGAGGCUACGCUCCGGCCGUGCACCGAAUCGCCUCCAGCCGCAGGCAUCUCCGGCGGUCCUUGGCCCGAGUAUCACAUGUACUGGAGCCAUCAGCUGCGGAGUGAGUUGGAGACAUGCGGACGCAACGACCUCAUCGAUGGCUGGCGAGCGAAUGGAAUCCGUCGCCGCAUCGAAACAUGGGCCGACGAAAAGCUCGGCCGGUUUCUCGACGACGCCGGCGUCGACGCCACGCAGAGGACCUUUGUCCACAAAGACUUUUGCGAGUCUCCCCUUGGUGUCAUCCCCAUGAGCAACAUGCUCUACGCCGCGGAGACGAAGCGCAUCAGCGGCAUCCUCGACUUUGACUGGGCCGCGGCCACGCACCCGGCACACGAGUUCUUCCGCUCGCUCCACGACGUCCACGGCACCGUCAGGGAGCAGGAUUCCGAGAAGCUUCGGCAGGCCAUCUUGACCGGCGACUACAGCGCGCCCGGGGACGCAGGCGAAGAGGAGCACGCCGACGCCUGGGAGCUGGCACAGACGUGGGACGAGGCCCCAUCGACGGCUUUGCUUUACCCAUUCCAUCUGUAUGAUGCCGAAAUCGUCGCGGCGCGGACGGCAGAGCAGAACGCAAAGGCCAGGGCGGACUCGGAAAAGGCCAUUGACGACAUGCUCCGCGAAUGGGGGGUCUAG